CAGAGGUAACCAAUCACAAGGAGGUCAGGUGACCUACAGCGCGUCUUCACCAUGUUAACCCUUUAAUUCAAAUGCUCAUUACUGACCUUGGGUUUUGCCAAGGUUUCGUAGGAGUUGGUCGUGCAUACCUAGACAAUUUUUGAGUCUGCCUACAUGGGUUCUGAAUUGUUUUUUGAUUUUGAACCAGUUAUACACAAACAGUGUAAUGAUACCGGGCAUUGUUGAUUUGAUUUUUCUACGUUUGAUUAUCCCUUUUGUUCUGUUUGCGGUAACAGUUGUACGUUACAAUGCAUUUUCUUUCACCUACCUUUUGUUUUUACUGGCAUGUCCGUUGCUCGCUCGCCCUAAAUGUCCUCAAUCUACAAGUAAGUUUAGUGCAUACCUUGUUUGAUUAUCGCUUGUAGCUAAAGUUCAAGUUUAUCUAAUCUUGCUCAUAACAUUAAGCUGUGUGUUCACAUUAUCUCACCCAACCCUUCACAUAGUCUUAACCGUAGCGCCACCAUAUGAAAAUGCUCUACGCACAUGUCAAGAAACGAUGAUUGCUGCUCAAAUUGGUGUCCAGAGACUUGAUGGUAUGCUACCCUAUCGGGCAAUGAGGCUUGUGCUUCCAGACAUCCUUAUCUUGUCAGUGGCAGUUGCUUCAUUGGUCUAUUUUAGUAGGAGACGUCGAGUUCCUCCAGCUCUUCUAACUUCAACUGGUGUGUUGUCGGCUGCUGAUAAUAGUCUUGUGUCCCGUAAUCCUACAGAAGCUGAAGAUAAUAAUGCAAGGCUUUUUAAGACCAAGGUAGUUCAAAGCAGUUUUUUGUCCACCCAAAAAUUCAGCGUGAGAAAAAACAGGCGACAGGAUAAAACGUAUUUUAUUUUCACGAGAUCGUGGAAUGAAAGUCAACGUAAAUUAUGGCGUGCUUGGGCUAUGGAUUCUUUACGGAUGUUGACAACGGUACUUCUUGUUUGCUUUGCGGGAAUAACUUCACCAUCAUUGCCAUCUGGUGUAUAUGUUCUGUCGUUUCUCACUAUAUGCACUUAUUGGGCAUGUCGAAAUGAUGUCAGUCCAACUCCAUUUGCCUCUCUCCGCAUAUUUCUUUUGGUGUACAGUGGAUUGCAUGUGUGUUUGUACUACUUGUAUCAGUUUCCCUUCUUCCAAGAGUUCUGCAAAGACGGCGGCUUUCUAGCUAGGCUACUUGGCUUGUAUUAUAUCAUGCGCACAUCGUGUGAAAGGCCCGGUGAAAUAAUAUUCCCAACUGGUUUUCGAAUUGUCGACUGUUGGCUCCACCAAUUACAAUGCUGCUGUAUUAUAUUUUGGUGCUAGAAACGCGACGUUGGUUAGAUUCAGAACCCAGUGGCUUUUCACAUACUCUUCGUCACAACAACGUCAGCAAUUCUGAACCUCCAGUUGAAUUAUGGUGUAGUGGUAAUGAUGAGAAAGUAGAUGAUGUCAAUAUUGUCACAAAUAUUGAAGGGUCAACAUCCCAUAGAGUUUCGUUUAAUCCCCAGUUUCAUCUUCAAACUUGUGUUCUGGAAAGUUUGCAACCGCGAUUACCGCUUUGUCCACCGAAUGUAGAGAUGAAGACAUAAAAUUAAAAAGUCAAUCUUCAUUAGGAACUGGUUAUUGUGAACCUCAUGCUGAUCAAAAACUCACUGAGAAAAAGACUCCGUAUUGUUGAAUGCAAACCCUAAUGGAGAGAAAACGUCAGCAACCAAACAGCAUCAGAAAUCGGAAGACAAACAUACUGCUGCAAUGCUAUCUCCUCCAG